UGGUCAUUAAAGACAAAGAUAGGAAGCACCAGAGCUUUCAAGUCUUCCCUGUUCGACUAUAUAAAAGCCCAAGACAAAACAAUUGGACAUAGUCUUCGUCGAAUCUUCACGCGCCGAGUACGAGCAUCAAAUGGAAUCUGCGGCUGUAUACCUUUUGCUGUUGUUGGCAGUGACCAACGUCCAAGCGGCGAGUAUCCAAUAUCCGGCCCUACCUUCCAUUAACUCACGUUCACAACAGCUACAACAAUGGAACAGUCAGGAUGAUCAAGGGCGAACGAAUUUUGGCUAUGCCUACUACGGCCAGGCAGCUUCUAACGUUCGUGACGCUAAUGGACACAUGAUUGGCUCUUGGGUUUACCUGAAUCCAGAAGGUACGGAGGUUCGUGCUUCCUACACAGCUGACGAUAAGGGCUUUAAGGUACACUUCAACAACGUCGCUCCUGCUGCCAGUCCGGUAGCGUAUGCCCCUGUCAAAGAUGUCCCUGUCCUUGCCGCUCCAAUUGACACUCCGGUAGCGUAUGCCCCUGUUAAAAACGUCGCUGUUCGUCCCAAGAAUGAUGGGGAUCAACCUGCUAUUGCUGAUGAUUCUAUCUGUUUAAGCAACGAACUGCGUGCAAUGUCUCGAAUGGAUAGGUUGAAUGCCACUUUUAGAAUGACGGAAAGUGAAGAAGCCACUCCGAAUCAAUACCCAUUCUUGGUGGCGCUUGCAUCCGGUGAUGAGGAAAAUGGAGACCUCGAUACUUCUUGCGGCGGAUCUUUGAUUACUCCGACCAAAAUCCUAACAGCUGCCCACUGCAUUACUAAAGAUAAAACAGAAUCCUUAAUUGCGCAUGCCAUCCAUGUCAGAUUCGGAAUGCACACGAUUAGACCAACAGCAAGUGACUCCAAAGAUAAAAGAAACGUCGUAGGAAUGAAAAUUCACGAAGACUAUAACGCCCAGACACUUGAGAACGAUAUCGCUAUUUUGACACUUGAAUCGCCUGUGGAAUAUACGGACACUAUUCAACCCAUUUGCUUGUCGCCGACGUGUUUGGCUACUGACGGAAUGGAAGCGAUUGGAAUGGGAUGGGGAUACAUCAAAUCUGGAGGCCCAGAUUCAGAAUAUCUACGACACGCUGUCCUUCCAGUUGUUAGCAACAAAGAAUGCCAGGCAACCUAUGGGGAAAAAGAUGAUAUUCUCGACACUAUGCUUUGCGCUUAUGGAGGUGAAAAAGACACUUGUCAGGGUGACAGCGGAGGCCCUCUAGUGGUCGACUAUGGCGAAGCAAAGUCAGAAUGUCGUUUCGUGCAGAUUGGCGUCGUCAACUUUGGCGAAGAAUGUGGCGUAACGGAAUAUCCAGGAGUUUACGCGAGGGUUAGUACAUACUUGGACUGGAUAGCAGCAAAUAUGUAAAACUGUCGAAACCCUACGAUGCUUUCAGCACUUCCAAUCCCAUUUCCGACAUGACAAAUGGACGCGAUUAAGUUUACGUUUACAGCUUCUAGGUCACGAAAGAAAUCCAUCAAACAACUUAAGAAGCGUGAUGCAUUCAAUGUCGCGGAGCAAAGUUUUUAAAUGUUAUUUUAAUUCAAUAUUUACCCCCAUGGAAUCAUCCCAUUUUCACAUUCUCAUAUAAUUCUUUAAUUCAGAAGUUUCGCAUUUUACACGUUUCUGAUUGUCCACAUUUCGGAGGGAGGGCUUUUACUCAACUGUCUUUUAAUAUAGAUUUCAAUGGAUUGGGGCUUAAAUGAUACAGAUUCUUAUCUACUACACUGUUUCCAACGUUUAUCCCAUUUUAUAGCUGAGUUGCCAAUCUCUGAUAUUCUAGAAACAUUCAAUAAACGGUUUAGCAAAUA